GGGGAAGAGGAUAGAAGCAGUUGCAAAGGGGGGAUGGUAGUGGCGGCGUUGAUGGUGAUAUGCGAGGAGAAGAAAUGCGAAAGGAGGCUUCAUUGGCGAGCAGCGCAUAAACGCAGCGAAACAGGCGACCAGAAUCGACCGGUGACCUGUUACACGCAUACAGACAUACGUGCACGUUGAAAGUGUGCGGUCAAACCGCAAGACUCGGAAGAAAUAAAAACAAGCGUAGAAUAAACGAGAAAACUGGCGAAAAAAUAAAAAUCGGGUAUAAGAGGCGAAUAGAAAAGACAGAAAGAGAGAGGGAGGGGAGAGAGAGAGAGAGGGAUAACAAGGGAUGUGAAAGUACCGUGAAAGGGAUCUUGCGAAGUUGCUGCGAUACUUUUUUCACGGCACGAGGAUGGCCGUGACGUCGAUGAAAGGAGAUCGUAUUAACUGGAGGGUGGUUCAGUAAGCACGACACCUACGUAGCCAAGAAGACGACGCCUACGUACAGCGCAAACACGCCGAGAACGCAUCGUAACCGAGAGUUUUUAUGCAAAUCAAUAAUUCGAGUACGACGCAGCAAUAAAGCUUUGCCUUUAUUUCCUAGAAAUAUCGAACGUUGUUGUUGCCGAAUAACAGUGACGACAAGGGCGACGUCGCGUCGCGUCGACGGCAGCGAGCGCCCGACACUCGAUAACGAGUUUCUAUCGUGGUAGAAGCGUUCGGCAGACGUCGGCCGAGUGUGGAGGAAAGCGUAAGAGUGCCUUUGGUCGCUUGCACCGUUUAUUCGCCUUUCGCGUGCCAAUAAUCGGUGCUACGUACGUGUUUCGUGAGGCACGUAAAAGAAGUUGGCCACGUCGAAUUCGCUGCUGCAUAAUGUGCAACGUUUCUGCGAAAGGGUCGAGGACAAUGAGGCGAAUUCGCUUGGAAAGUACUUCGCGACGCAGAAGGUGGUCUCUGCGAUUCGGCUUUCUCCUCGCGUACAUAUUAAUCCAGUAUGUCACUUGUGCAAAAAUACCUGAGAUAACGUCUCCUUAUCCCAGUUCCACGGACCGCGAAGAAAACUGGACGUUGGAUUCUACCUUGGAAUCGUUUACGCCCGAGACGGAGGCCGGUGUCGAACUAAAAGCAAAAGCGAAGGAAGAAGCUGUCUCGGAGAAAGAAAAGAACGAAAAGACCGAACUAAAAAACGAAAAGAACAAAACGGAAGAAAAGAACGAGGGCCAGCAGAAGCAUGGAAAGAAGACGCCCGAAGAAGAAAAAUCGAAGCUCGAUGAACGUUCGAAGGAACGGAACGCUACUUCGACAGAGAGAGCUUCUCCAGCGGAGAAAGCUGCUCCGAAAAAGGAAAUUGCGACAGCGAAUGUUCCUACAACCACAACGGUUUCAACAACGACCACUAUGAAGUACGAACAUGCAACGUGGAGACCGCGAAGGAAAGAUUGCUCGCCGCCUGCGAUCGAACAAUUUCCACGACCACUAAUGGGUCCCUCGGCUAGGAAACACGGUGGAUUGAUCAUUCAUAUUUUAGUUGCAAUUUACACCUUCCUGGGACUUGCCAUUGUUUGCGACGAUUACUUCGUCUCCAGUUUGGAUCGAAUUUGCGAAGAACUGCGAUUGUCUCCUGACGUUGCUGGAGCGACUUUCAUGGCUGCCGGUUCUUCAGCUCCGGAAUUGGCGACCGUGGUGAUCGGUGUGUUCUUUGCCAAGGAUGAUAUCGGAGUAAGCGGUGUAAUCGGAAGUGCGGUGUUCAAUAUAAUGUUCGUGAUAUCGGUGUGUGGACUGUGUACGUCGACAGUGUCAAAGUUGAAUUGGUGGCCUCUCUGCCGAGAUUGUUUUUUCUACGCUGUAUCGAUCCUGGUGAUGCUGGGUACAAUUUACAACGAAUCGAUAUCUUGGAUGGAAUCUCUAUUCAUGUUGUUCAUGUACGGCGUGUACUGCGUCGCUUUAUCUUACAACGCUAGACUGGAACGUUGGGCGAAAUCUUACAAUAUACCUUUUCUACCAAAAGACGACGAACCCGCGGAGGAGAGCGCUCUUGUUAGUUAUAGAUCGUUACAAGAGGACCGCUUGUCUUACACGGGGCCGAGUUCGCCUACGGAUCAAUAUAAAGAGCAGGAAGGUGUAACUGCAGGAGCAACGACAGGAGGAAACGUUCCUGAAACGAACGAAUCGGCACCUCCGAAACAACCGAGCUAUUACAAAGCGAAAGAACCAGAUCCGAACGAAGUAUCGCCGCUGGAGAAGCCCACUGACGGUAGCAAAUGGUCUCUGUUUACCUGGGGUCUCGUCUAUCCGAUUCAUUUCAUGUGCCGCGCCACAAUGCCGGAUUGCCGACAAGACAAAUUUAGGAAUUGGUAUCCCUUUACCUUCUGCGUGUCGAUGGUUUGGAUCAGUUUCUACAGUUACUUCAUGGUGUGGAUGAUUACGAUUAUAGGUAGCACCCUUGGUAUACCAGACACGGUGAUGGGUUUGACGUUCGUCGCUGCUGGUGUCAGCGUGCCCGACGCGCUCUCGUCGUUAGCCGUGAUAAAAGAAGGCCUCGGUGACAUGGCCGUGAGCAACGCUGUCGGCAGUAACGUCUUUGAUAUACUAGUUUGCCUCGGGCUUCCAUGGUUUAUACAGACCGCGAUGAUACAACCCGGCUCGCACGUAAACGUCACUAGUCGAGGCCUGACGUACUCGACGGUGUCUCUGCUGUCAACGGUGGUGUUCUUAGUCCUAGCGACCCAUUUGAACGGCUGGAAGCUGGAUCGACGGUACGGAGCGAUAUUGAUGGUUUGGUACUUGGUAUUCAUCACAUUUGCCUCGCUCUACGAACUGAACGUCUUUGGUGAAAUGAAUCCUCCAGUUUGCUUCAGCGCAUUUUAAACGAACACCACUUAAUCGUAUACAGACUGACGAGGAAAAUGAAAUAUAAUGGAAAAAGUGGAAAAGGAGGAGCAGUGAAAGAGAGAGAGAGAGAGAGUGUGCGUGUGUAAGCAACCGACUGAAUGCUCGAUGAAAAUGUUCUCGUCGAACUCGAUCUCAUUGCAUCGUGUAAGUAUCAGGCUGCUAAAGCACGAUGGAAGAUAGUUCGAAAACUCUUUUAUAAUAUUUUCGUUUCCUUCUUCCAUCUCCCGUCUCGUUUCUUCUCGUUCCUUUUCGUUCUUCUUCUUCUUCUUCUUCUUCUUUCUUUUCUGUUCCCCCUUCUUCUUUCUUCUUCUUCUCUUACCUUAGCUUCUAGCCCUAUUCUAAUUUCUACGUGAAUCGAAACUUCAAGCAAAAGUGAGGAAGAAUGGCAGAGGAAUGAGAAAAAAGGUGACAAUUAAGGAAUAUAUUUCAAAUGCGCUCGUCUUAAGAUCUAUUUGUACAAUAACACGUUAGAUGAUUCGUAGCGUCACCUCUCGAGCACAAAUUCGAGUUCUAUUCUCACGUCGCGUGAAUUUUCCUUCCAACGAGACAUCGACGAUUCUCGAUGUUUCGCUUUGCUUCCACUUGUUAUUCGUACGAUAUCGAUCGAGCUUUCUUUCGAAAGCAAAUGGAGAACGCAACGAAAACAAGCUCUAUCGUUGUUCGUAAGUUUGGAGUCGGUUAAACGGACAAUACACUCAUCAGUAUUAAAACGCAAACGACGACGUUGUUAAGUAUCAUGCAAUCUAGAAUCGGUAGCGGAAUAGAACCGGUCGAUCGAUCGUAUCAACUCGUCGCGCUUUCUUUCGAAUCGUAGACGCGCGAGACGCCACAGUUCGAAGACUCGAGACAGUCGUUUUCGUUCAUCGAAAAUCGUUUCUAUCUUUCGUGCCUCUUUGCUCUUUCCAACUUACUCUGUUUCCUCGUUCGACUCUUCCUGCUCUACUUGUCGUACUUACAUCGAAAUUUCUAAUCGAAAGGUGCCGCACUUUCGCUUCUUUCUUACGCUUUUAAACGUUUCUCGCGAUCGGUAUCCAGUCAAUUUCUUCUCGUACGAUGAUUCGUCCGUCCGUGCGUUCGUUGGUUCGUUAAUUCGUUGAUUCAUAUUGCCGUUUUUCUUCCUCGACAAGUGAUAUAGUGCAUACGCGAGAAUAAUUAUUUUGCUAUCGAGAUAAUCGUUCCCUUGUUCUUAUCGCGCACAUAUACGUUUUCUAUGCAAGUAUACGCGUGUAUUCGUGUGUGUACGUCAGUGUUUUCAAACGGUUCUAUUCGCGGAAAAGUUAAUUUUCCAACAAGGUAACGUUUUUUGAUAGAUUUUUCUAAUCAGUGCGUCGAUGACAGCGAAUUUAGCGUAUCGAUAGAUGAAAAACGGUGCGAAAGAAUUUACUUCGAUAUUUCUUUCCCUUUCUUGGACGAUCGUUUGCCUGUGGCCUAACGCGUUUUUCGAAAUCACGAAAGUACCUUUUAAUCCGUCUUUUACGAAAUAUUUCUCCGUUCGCGCGUAACCGCGGGAGCAACACCGCUACUACGAAGCGCUUCGUCGAUCAGAGAAGUAGAAUUAACGUUUAAUAGUCAGACGCGACGCAGCGGGACCCGAAAAGUUUGCUUUCUUCCAGAGGAGAUCGAUAAACGUCGGCCAAACGUCCGAAUCGAAAUUUACGACGCACCGUUGUUUUCCUCGCUGACUAUCAACACCAUUCGUCCUCACUAUCUACCGGUCUUUUUAUCGGCCUUCUUACCGACAGGCUUGUUACGUGCACUUAAAUACGUUGUUUCUGGCGCGUUCCUUUCCGCACUAUUAUCUCUGUUUUUCUUUCACUUUCUAACGUCCUGAACAAAUAUGAAACGACGAAAGACGAUGCAACCAGUUGCGAAGUUAAAGUUUAUCGGACGAAUUAGACCGUGGGUGAGGGAGAGGCGAGCGCUUUCAACGAGUCGAGCGAAUGAUCGAACGCCGUUCGCGUACUCGCGUAAAAGUACGAUUGCUUGCAAACGAGAAGAAAAAAAAGCUUCGUUUCGGACAAAUCGUAUGCAUCGAUCAAAGGGAUUGCGUAGGACCCAGGUGGAUCGGUCGAGACGAGUCAAAAGGUAGAAACGAAGUCGACGGAAGAAGGUGAAAGAGAUAGAAGGGUACACUUUCGACGAGUACGAGACGAGAUAACAAAAGAGACAAUAAUUAAUGCAGCCUUAUCCGAUGAAAGUAUCUACAACGUUACUCUGCGCGAUCGUUGAGAUCAGCGUGUAAAAGGAUAGCGUUCGGUAUUCUUCCGUUUUCCGAAACCUUUCGAUCUGUCUGUUGCCUGGCCAUUUUGCAAAGACGAUCGAUCAACGUUUCUAGACCAUUAUACGUAUAAUAUUCGAUGUAGUCGCUAAGCGGAAAGCGGGCCGGCGGUGAAUUCCAAAGAAAGAGCGAACCGUGAUCCGCGAACAGCCUAAGUAUCUAUCGUAUUUGUCUGUCUACGUUGAUCAACGUUCCUUCGUACGUCGUGCAUCGUACAUCGUACCGUAUGCGUGCAUUCGCCUGUUCCAAAAGCAAAUACAAUACAAACGUGAUUCGCUGUUACAAGCGGAGUUGCGUUUGAGACGGUACGCGGUCCGAUGACAGAUCGCAAAGAUCGCGCAGGCGUUUUAACGUGAACUGAACGCGUGCGUUAUAUGCAUGCGUGCUCCAUUACGUAAGUACAUGUACGUAUACACACGCACAUACAUCGUACGCGUGUGUAUAUAGAUAUGUACGAUUACGCAUUAUACAUAUAUAGCUGUAGCAAUACAUACGUCUACAAACUGUAUACUACGCACUGUAUAUGUAUAUACACAGUACGUAGUGUACAUAAAGAAAAGUAUAUACGAUACGUACGAAAGCUUAGAUUUAUAUGAUUAUCGAACGUUCUACGUGUUUGUUCACUACGAUUAUUUGUUAUAUUGUUAGCGCUUCAGGCGGAUACACGUUGAUAUUAACUAUUAGCGAUAUCGUGAGAUAUAUAGUAUGCUCGCUCGAUCGAUCGAUCGAAUUGAACUCAAAUUACACCUGCAUAUAGGUGCGUGUAAUUGAACUCGAAGGAAGCGAAUCGCAGCGUGAACGAGCGUUCGAUCGGUCGAUGCGAAGCGAGAAUCGGUGCGUUCUGACGCAUACGAAUACGCGUUGGAAACGCGUUCAAUUGGUCGAAGCGUAAUUAUCGGAUGCGAAAAAGUAGAAAACGACGUUCGCGUCGUUUCGACGAAGCGGGAUUAAGUUGGAUCGGCGACUCGCGUGACGCGCACCGAGAAACGAAAAGAGAAGGACUCGCCGGGUAGACGACCAAGAUGGGAAGCGUGAAAAAUGUCGUUCGGCCUUCUCUCGUUGACGAAGGUUUGGCUUAGUUUCUCGAGAAACGAACCUUCGCUCUGUAGAAUUUUAUUUUUCUCCCGAUCGUCCACUCUAUGGAUUCGCCUACGUGUUUCGUAGCCGAGUAACGUACUCGUCAUUCGUGCAACAGCGUUCGAAAAUUGGUGUGGUUCUAGUCAAUAAAGAUCAAUUAGUAGCGUUAUCGUAGGUGUAUAUCGUUAGAUACUUUAGCGUAACUUGGAUCAAUUCUCCGGUGCCCUUAAAAUAGGCGUAGUUCAUACGUUCAAGUCAAUAUAUUCGAUACGGCUUAAAAUUAGACGUUUUACGUACGUUUUAAUCGGACCUAUUUACCCGUCCUUCGUCCCUCUCUGUCUCGUUCACCAAUUUUCGAACAACGGACCAACGAAAAAUCUGUUUCGAAGGUAUCUAUCCGAUUCAAAAGUUUAAGUAACACGAACAAGGAGAUUCGUUGUUUAUCGAUAUCGAUAUCGACCCGUCGAUGAUUCAUUGUUAACUGUUGUGAAUGUAGAUUUUAUAUUGUCGAGUAAUAUGCAUACGCGUACAUACAUAUACGCAUACCUAUAGAUAUACGUAUAUAAGAAUAUACAUAUACAGAUAAUAUAUAUACAAUAUAUAUAUAUAUAUAUAUACAUAUAAAUAUAUGUAUACAAACUCUCUAUAUUUGGCACAUACUAUAUGCAAGUAUACGUAUAUUAUGCGCCUAGCUUAAUCAACAGGAUUAGUUGAUUUCAAAUAUAUAUAUAUAGUUUCUUCUUCUUCUUCUACUUCUCCUCCUCCUUCUUCUUCUUCUUCUUCUUCUUCAUCUUCUUCUUCUUCUUCUUCUUCCUGUGCGCGUGAUAUUUCUGGUCUUCGUCGAGUCAAUACGUCCGUGUACCUGCCAUUGACAAGAGGGAACAUCCGAAAAAUGUUCAGUUUGCGAUAAGGUUGCGACACGACAAACGUUCGUUCGAUUUAACGGCGAUACAGCGCACCGUGCGAGUUUGACGCGUUUCCAGUCGCGUUUCCCUCGCUCUCCAACGAUUUCGUAUGUAUGCGUAGUAGGUAUACGUUAAAAAUGGGAAACACAGAGCGAGAAAGGCGAACGAGAGCGCGGGUCGUUUGAUCGUGACAUCGAGCGACGAUUCGCAAUAAAUUACUUACGUAAACGAGUAGCGAUCCUAACAAGACUCGUAGAAACCGCCUAGCAUUUUAUACUGUACGUAACAGAAAAGAACGUGAUAAACGCGAUAACUUAGCUCGCAAAUCGUAAUAAUUUGUAAGCGUAGAUUUAAUUUUUUCGAAUUAAGCGAACGAUCAACGAACGAUAUACGCGUUAUGUAACGUUUGUACACGCGUGGAACGUGUUCUCGACGCGAUCGAAUCGACAGUUUGAGAAAGUAUGAUGUUGCGCGCUUCUAAACAACGAACAAAAUCGAGAAAAAUCGCGCGCGAUAUGAAACAUCGAUAAAGCGACACGAUGGGACGAUGCGAUGCGAAACGAUCGUGCACCUUCGAAGAGGAUUGUUCACGCGCGAUCGAAAUCGGAAACAGAACCGGAUCUCCCUCUGUUAUAUAACGUUUUUCUCGUGUUGUUAGAAUACAUUUCCAAGACAGUCCUAAACCGUCGAUACAUCUAGUUAUAGCUUAUUACGGCGUUAUGUAAGCAAACUGUUUUACCAAUGUCGUAAACGAAUAAACACAAAUACGAAAUAUAAAUGAAUAAACGAAUAAACUAGUUCACCAA